AUGAAUUUGCUAAAGUUGAUUGGAAAACAUAAUAAAAAGAUGAAGGAAGAUAACAGGGGGAAUUCCGUAAUCUAUUAUUCUUGUUAUGCAAUUAUACUGAUAACUUUGGUAUUGUCUAAAUUCAUUGUAGUUCCUCUGUUGGCACAGAUGUUUCUCUACACAUUUAUAACAAUCUAUAUAGGAAGCCAUGAUAGUUUGAAGCAAUUAGAAAUUGAUGACAAAAAUAAAAAGGCUGAUAAUAUAACAGCUUAUGAUGCGAUCAUGUUCCCCAUAAUUGGAUCUGGAGCCUUGCUAACACUAUAUUUUGCUUAUAAGUUCUUAGAUCCGUACUAUGUGAAUAUGCUACUAACUAUUUAUUUAACGCUAGCUGGGGUGUUCUCAUUGCAAGGAGUUUUUGUAAAUAUUUUGGAACCUGCUAUGCCAAAAUUUUUUGAAAAAGACGAAUACGUUAAAACGUUUAAUUUACCUCGUUUUAUAUGCAAAGAACCUAUUGUGUUUAAUACAAACAAAGGAGAAAUAGUUAGUUUCUUGUUUUGUUUCGUUAUCGGUGUACGCUGGAUUUUUUACAAGGAUUUUAUUACGCAUAAUAUAUUAGCAGUUUCUUUUUGUUUCCAAGCCAUAUCACUGGUUAUCCUUAGUAACUUUUUAAUUGGGUUCCUACUUCUUUCGGGACUAUUUGUGUACGAUAUUUUCUGGGUUUUUGGAAAUGACGUUAUGGUUACUGUUGCAAAGUCCUUUGAAGCCCCUGUGAAAUUACUUUUUCCUGUUUCAAAAGACCCAGUACAUUAUAGUAUGCUAGGAUUGGGAGAUAUUAUAAUUCCAGGGAUUGUAAUAUCCUUAUGUUUACGUUUCGAUUAUUAUUUACAUAGGAAUAAAAUACAUAAAGGGAAUUUUAAGAAAAUGUUUAAUGACAUAUCUAUUCAUGAAUCAUUUAAGAAGUAUUAUUUUUUUACCAUAGCAGUUCUGUAUGAGUUAGGGUUAGUAGUAACUUACUGUAUGCUUUUUUAUUUUGAACAUGCUCAACCUGCUUUACUUUAUCUCGUGCCAGCAUGUAUAUUGGCUAUCGUAGGAUGUUCAAUAUGUAAAAAGGAAUUUAAAAUAAUGAUUAAGUAUCAAGAAGUUACAGACAGAAGUGCGAGUGGGGAAGAUGGAAAGAAAAAAGUUUCUGAAAAAGAUGAAAUGAUUAGGAGUCAAGAAAGCAUUUUAUCAACUACCAAAAAGAGAAUAACUAGUAAAUAG